UACUUUCAUUCUCUUCAUUCUUGACUUAUUAAAUUAGCUAGGUGUAGCGACUGUAUCGUCGUAGGUCUUUUUAAGUCUCGUUGUUUGCUUGCAGAUGCUGCUUCUCCUUUUGUGAACACUUAGAUCUAGAUCUAGUAAUACUUUGUUCUUGCUUUUUUGCCAGUUCGGAUUUCUUUUACGUGCAGGUAAUAGAUUCUCUAGAAAUCUAGAAAGAAUUCCACGUUUCAGAACUUCAGCUUGUGAUGCCUUCAUCGAUUAUAUCAACUAUGGCAUCCCGAUCAGUCUUGUGCAGAUCAUUAACAGUGACGUUGUCAUUCAAGGGGUCAAACAGGUCGAUUUCGACAUGUUUGCCAUGUGUUAGAUUCCCUGUCUCUAAGAGUAGGAUUGGUGCCAGUGUCAGUGUGGCAAAUUGUCAGCAAAGAAGGCAAUCGAGUCAGUUUUUUUCUUGUCAGCUGCUGAUGAGUGCACAAAAAAUGAUCACUAGAUCUACUUCAGUCUCAGUUCCAUGCUGUCAGUUUCAGAAGUUCAGUUUUUCUACGACCUCCAGAAUGUCUGGAGAUGAUGUCCUCAAAGGUUUGGAUGAGACUCAGGUGAAGCUUAUGGAAGAAGAGUGCAUUCUUGUUGAUGAAAAUGACAAGAAUAUUGGUUCAGCCUCGAAAAAAGUGUGUCAUUUGUUAGAAAAUAUAAAUAAGGGCAUGCUGCAUCGGGCAUUCAGUGUGUUCCUGUUUAAUUCUAAAGGAGAACUAUUGCUACAGCAAAGAGCUGAAGCGAAAAUCACAUUUCCAGAUCACUUUACCAAUACAUGCUGUAGUCAUCCACUCAACUUUGCUGCUGAGUUGGAUGAGUCAGCUGCCAUCGGUGUGAGACGAGCAGCUCAGAGGAAGCUCAAACAUGAGCUUGGUAUUGAGCCUCAACAGGUUCCACUUGACGAGUUCAGCUACCUAACUCGCAUUUUAUACAAAGCUGAGAAUGUUCCAAAAGAUGACAAGUGGGGCGAGCAUGAGAUCGACUACAUCUUGUUCAUCAAAAGAGAUGUUGAUGUUGUUGCAAAUCCCAAUGAAGUUAAAAGCUAUAAAUAUGUCAGUAAGCAGGAGCUCAAAGAUAUUGUUGAGUCAGCUGACAGUAAGGGCAUGCUUUUGACACCGUGGUUCAAGCUGAUAGUCCAAAACUUCCUGUUCAAAUGGUGGGACAGCCUGGACAACAUCACAUCACAAGCAGAUGUCAACACAAUUCAUAAGAUGAUAUAAGUUUUGUUGGUAACAGAAAUACUAGAAAAACAUUUCUCUUGUUUUAGCCUCCUUCCUUCUAUUAUAACUUUGGAAAUAAACAGCUGCUAGGUUUCUCUUCUCCGUCUUUCCUUUUUAAAGUAAAUAUAUAUAUUCAGUAUGCUUUUAUUAUUACUUGUUUCUCUUGGCCUCUUCUUUAUUUAAUGAGACAGUGGAAAUUUAUAGUCUGUAUUCCAUUAUGAUUUAAUUAGUGGAAUAUGCAGGUCUGUUUUUGCUCAACUCACUGAGGCAUUGCUUCAGCUCUUUUGCAAGAUCUUUGAUUUCCUUCAGCUGACUUGACUCUCUCCUGUAUAUAUUCUUGCAUUUUUCUUUUACCAUUUUGUGCACAAACUAUGAUAAAUUUCAAUAACAGAUCAUGUUUUUCGAGGUGCCAAGGAGACUACCAGAGUUGUGUUUUUGAUUAAAGAGAAUUUUUCAGCUAUUUAUAAAGACAGCUGAGGGUUUUGUUGCUUUUUUAAAAGAUACAAUAGUGAUUGUUUUAUGUGCCAUAAAUCUUGAAACUCGUGACUACACUAAAUGUUUGAACUAGUCAUGUGGGUUGGCGGCAUGGUUGUUAGGGAGCAUUAGAAAUAGCUCUUCUCUAAUGUUGUAAGCUUUGUUUCAGAAAGACAGAUGGUUUUCAGUUUUUCACCAUCAGGGGUUUUAGUAGGAGAUUUAUCGUUCAGUUGGUUUUUAUGAUCUACUCAGGUUUUAAUUGGGAGCAGCACUGGUGCUUUGUGUACCUGUGAAAUGUUGGUUGUGCGAACUUGUGAAAUGUUUGUCCUAUAUUCAAAAAUAUUCUUGUUCAAUAUUCAAAUAAAUGCCCUCCUUAAUCCUAAAAUUGUUGGUCCUUCGAUUCACCAGCUGUAAAUUGGGGGGGUACAAUAACCAAGUGAAAAGAGCAUUAGUUCGCGGACAUGUUCCUUAUGUACUGACGCAACUAAAAGGUAGAUAAUAAACUUCUGGUUCACCCCUUUUUACAAAUUCACUUUUAUUUGGAAGGCAGUAUUUAAUCGUUCUGAAAACCUGGAAUUUUAUUCACUCUUAUUUGAUUGUUGUUUUGUUUGAUUUGUAAUGAUUUAUUCAAUCUCUUCAGUUCAGGAAAUUGUACAUCAUUCAAAUCCCUCAGGAUACUGACAAUCCUCAUGUGUGGGGAAUGCGUGAGUAAAAUUACUGUUAUUGACUGUUUCAUGCCAAACUGUUUAUUUUGAUGCGUUGUAAUUGUACCUGUUAUGAAUGGCCAUUUCUCUGUUUUGUUACUCUGUAUUAUUUUGAUUAAAGUAGAUGUGUUGUAGAAAUAGAAUACCGGUGUUUGAGAUAUGGUGUUGGCACGAAAUUUGACAGUUGCAGAUAGUUCCAGGAAUGCAACUGCAAAGUGAACCACAUGACUGUAUCAUAUCAUAUGCAACCACCUGAGAGCAAUUCCUUUUUAUUGAUAGAUAUACGCUAUCAGUCUAUUGAGUCUGUGUUGAAGAUCUCUGUAAGUAAAUCCAUCAUGAAUUAUGUUCACAUUGUCAUAUUCAUUUAAACAUAGACGUCAUGUUUAUAUUUUUCCUAGACGGUUUGGAAAUGGGUGAAAAAAUGAACAGGGAACAUUCAAAUACAGAGUAGGUGGUUGCUUAGACAUAUUUUGUCCUACUCAAGGUAUGAAAGGCAAGUUAAAAGAUUGCUUAAAACAGUAUUUGAAUUCAUCUCAUUUUUUUGUUUUCAUAUGUAUAGCUAUUGAGAAUUGAAACUUGGGGACAUUUUCUGAAAGAGUUGAUGCCGUAAUCCAUUAUUCUUAAAAUGCUUUGAUGAUUUUAAGAAAGACUUCUAUGCCAGUAUUGUAGGUCACUCUGAUUUCUCGUAAAGAGAAAAGUUAAGAAGACAUUAUGCGUAAGAAAUUAUGUCCCUGAACAAUGCUUGUAAUGUUUUAAUGGAAAAUCAAAAUAAACUUGUGAUACAUGUAAUUCAGUUGGGGUAAUUUGGUCAUGGAUUGUGAAAUGCUCUUUGGGGUAUGAGCAAUAAAGUCAGGGGAGGUCAGUGCUUGUGACUAAUUUUAAUUAUAAUCUUUACUUUCAAGGAUGAAGGAAUUGUUUUGUCUCUUUGGUUUUCAGUUUUGAGUUAAGUCAGAAUUUAUUACUUUAGACGGGGUGUAUCUGUAACAUGUUACAAUCUAUAAACCAGUUUGCACUUGCUCCAGAAAAAUUGGGUGUUUUUUUUUACCUCUAUUCUCAAGAUAUGACUCUCAAAAAAGAAUAUCUUUUCUGGUUGUAGAAAGAUGACAUUGGUAGGCCUACUGCCUGGUUCAGUGUAACACAACUUUCUGUCUGUUACAGCCCCGAUGCUUUGCUCCUGCUUUGUCCUUUUUGGAAUCAAACUCUAUGAGUCCACUUGAUGAUUAAUGGAGGAUGUUGUUUCACUUGUAUUUGUUUGCAACAUUAUCCUUUUUUGUUCUGUACAUCGUUCUCCCACUCCACCUUUUAGCAAAUCAUUUCUCUUUUGUCAUUUAUUCAUGGACAAUAUUUUGUGUUGGCUCAAUCUGACUUUGGCCAUGCCUUUUCUGCACUUCAACUACACUUUUUUACCUCUUUGUUGUGAAUGAAAAUUGUCUGAAAGGGAAAUUUCCUGCAUGUGUAAUAAUAGAAAUGAGUUCAUGUUUGUGACGAAGCACAAUUGAAUGUUAACUACUGAAACGUAAUACUGUUUUAUUGUGAUUAAACUGACUCUGAUUUCACAA